AUGUGUGUGUGUGUACAUCGCUUCAUUAUUGACAUCCAGUUUCUCAUUCUCUUACCUGGAAAAAUAAACACAAAUUCAAGGAUUUUCUCUUUAUAAAGGCUAACGAUCGAGAAUGGAGGACGAUCACAGUGUCAUGCAACUAAUCGACGGCGAUGGCAUAUUCAAUGCUGUUGGUCUGGACAACUUUGUGAAGGAAGUGAAGCUUGCUGAGUGCGGAAUCUCCUAUGCUGUUGUUUCCAUUAUGGGACCUCAGAGUAGCGGGAAGAGCACUUUAUUGAACCAUCUUUUCCACACUAAAUUUAGGGAGAUGAAUGCAGCAGCAGGAAGAAGUCAAACAACACAGGGUAUUUGGCUGGCCGAGUGUGUUGAGAUUAAGCCUUUCACGAUUGUCAUGGAUUUGGAGGGCAACGAUGGCAAGGAGAGAGGCCAGGAAAUUGCAUUUGAGAAACAAGCUGCCCUACUUGCGCUAGCAAUUUCAGACAUUCUAAUGAUAAAUAUGCGCUGCAGUGACAUUGGUCGAGAGAAUGCUGCGAACAAACCUUUACUGAGAACGGUUUUUGAGGUCAUGUUGCAGUCAAUGAGUAGUACUCGCCGUCAGACGACGUUAAUGUUUAUUAUACGUGAUUUAGAAGAGACUCCGUUGGAACUGCUACAACAAUCUUUACUGAAAGAUAUACAUAAGAUAUGGGAUGAAGUUCCGAAGCCCUUGGCCCGUAAAUUUAGCCGAUUCGAUGAUAAUUUUAGGGUGGAAGUGGUUGGUUUGCCUCAUUACAUCCAUCAGAGGGAGAAGUUUAAGGAGGAGGUUGCUCACUUGAGGCUGCGUUUUUUCAAUUCUACCUGUGAAGGAGGGCUUGCAGGUGGUGAGUCUCUCUCUGUGGUCCCUGGCUUGGAAUUUUCGUAUAGUUCACAACAAAUGUGGAAAGUAAUCAAAGAAAAUAAGAACCUGAAUCUUCCUGCACACAAGGAAAUGAUUUCCACCGUUCGCUGUGAAGCGAUUGCCGACGAAAAAGUAGAUCAGUUGCACCAGAAUCAGGAAUGGUUGAACUUGGAAGGACGUGUCAAAAUUGGACCAGUACGGGACUUUAGUAAGCAGCUCAGCUCAAUUAUUGCCACCUAUCUUUCUGAAUAUGAUGAGGAGGUCCAAUUUUUUGACAAAAAGAUCAGGAAAACAAAACGUAAAGAAGUAUUGGUGAGAAAAGCAUUGGAUGUGGUUUACCCUGCGUACGAAAGCAUGCUCGAACACCUCCGUUGUACAGAAUAUGAAAAAUUUAAAGCCAAUGUGGAUCAGGUUAACACACAAAGAAAAGAAGAAUUAUUUCACUCUGUUUAUACUUAUACUGAAGCAGCCAUUUCGGAGUUUGACAAACGAAGUAAAGAGUACUUAGUAGUCAUCCCCAAGGACUCCAACAAUGAGCGAAAGCCGGUUCAUGAGCGAGUGUUUAAUGCGGUUCAUGAGCGAGUGAGUAAUGUGGUUCAUAAUAAACAGUCAUCAUCAGGUGUUAAUUGGGAUGCAUCAAACAUUCGGAUGAAACUUCAAAAUGACAUAAAUCUGCAUGCAAUUACAUUGUUCAUGAAGCUGUUCAUGGACGGUAAUGCCAAAUUUGAGGACGCUGAAAAAGAAUACAAGGUGGGGUGGAGUGAAUGGCUUUGGCGAGUGUUGGGAGUCGCAGCUUCCGUGAUUGGGUUAUAGACUUCUAGAUCGCCCAUUGACGCGACUGUGAUCGUUCUUGGUUUUCCCGAAUUUAUGCUCGUAAAGUAAUUAAGUUCGGUCUGAACAGGAUAUAUAUUUAUAGUUGAUUGGAAUAAAGUCACAUUUAUAGCUUGUUUACUAGAGAAGGCUCGAAGUCCUUUUGGUUUGGUUGAGGCUUUACUAGCUGGGGCAUCAACUACAGGAAAUGUUGUGAAUGGUUAAAUCACCGCACCCUGAUGAGCCUUUGGUGAAGGUUUAUGGCGUUAAAUAAUUCAGGAUAGCGGCAGUCGUAUGAAUGCAAGAACAAGCAGCAUCAUUGCUAGCGGAGGAUGAAGGUGGCCUUCAUUCAGGUUGGAAGAUGUUCAAGUUCAAGCUGGGUUCCUAUUAAAUCUAGUUAUUUCAUGUAAUGCAGUGUGCAGUGUGGUUUCGUUUUUCUUUAAACUACAAUAACAAAUCUCAGACUUGGUAAGUCGAUAUAUCUCCAUUACUCUA